UAUUUUCAAAUUAUUUGUACAUAAUAUAAUCAGAGAGAAAUUCUCUCUGAUAUAAUACGUUCAACUUCUAAUUAAUUGUAAAAUCAUUUUAAUACAGUGCAUAGUUAUCGAGUGAUAUAUUUAAACGUUGAUAGUGUUAUCUUGAAAUGAAAAUGUUACCGCCAACGUACAUCGAGGGUUUCCACGAUCUGGAAGCCGUGCAAAAGAUGGAAUACAGACCACUUGGUAAAACGGGAUUGAUAGUCAGUAAACUAUCGCUCGGCGGUGGAACACUCGGUUGUCAUUACGGUACAUUUGACGAGAACGAAGCUAUCGAGGCGAUACGACAGGGAAUAAAGCAGGGGAUUAAUUACAUUGACACCGCGCCAUGGUACGGUCAAGGCCGUUCUGAAACUGUUCUUGGCAAAGCACUUAAAGGCAUUCCACGUGAAGCCUAUUAUAUCGCUACAAAGGUAGGCAGAUAUAAAUUAAAUUACGAAAAUAUGUUCGACUUCUCGAAAGAGAAAACUAGAAAUAGUUUGAAGAAGAGUUUAGAACUCUUAGGCUUGGACUACGUGGAUGUUAUCCAAGUCCAUGAUAUUGAAUUUGCUCCAAAUUUGGACAUAGUGAUUACACAAACUUUACCGGAACUAUCAACGCAAGUCGCAGAGGGUAAAGCAAAAUUUAUUGGCAUCACCGGAUAUCCGGUGUCCGUAUUAAAAAAAUGUAUCGAACAAAGUAAUAUAAAAAUCGCUAGCGUGUUGACUUAUACAAGAUAUACGCUAAUAGAUAAUACAUUGACUGAAUAUAUUCCCUUUUUCAAGGAACAUAAUAUUGCUAUAAUUAAUGCUGGUUUGCCGUGUAUGGGACUUUUAACUAAUAAAGGCCCACCAGUCUGGCAUCCAAGUUCAGAUAAUAUGAAGAAAAUAUGCGCGGAGGCUGUUGCUUGUUGCAAGGAUCAUAAUGUAGAAUUAGCUAAAUUAGCAGUAUGGUACUCUCUACAAUGCGAAGAUAUUGCUACUUCUCUAGUGGGAAUACAGAAUUUAAAAGAAUUGAACAUAAAUUUAGAUGCAGUUAGAAAUGGUAUCUCGGAAAAGGAAAAGACUGUGCUUCAAGAAAUUCGCAAAAAGUGAGUAUGAAAUGAACGAUUACUAAGACAAAGAUAAAACAGAUCUUAUAGUAAAUAACAUCCUGGAAUAAAAUUGUAUGUGAUGU